UGGUAUUAUUUUCGCGAGCUCCGGUCUAGUCACUCCCCGGCAAACGGUCGCACUAAUUACGCAGAGAGGAAAAGCUAACAAUUUUUCUGUGCCCGAAAACUAAUCAUUUAAAAGGUAUUUAAAGAGCUAGUUCGCACCGAGGAGCAGCAGCCACGAUGACCGAUUCCAAGUACUUCACCACCACCAAGAAGGGCGAGAUCUUCGAGCUGAAGUCGGAGCUGAACAAUGACAAGAAGGAGAAGAAGAAGGAGGCGGUUAAGAAGGUGAUCGCCAGCAUGACGGUGGGCAAGGACGUUUCCGCCCUCUUUCCAGACGUGGUCAACUGCAUGCAGACAGACAAUCUGGAGCUGAAGAAGCUGGUAUACCUCUACCUGAUGAAUUACGCCAAGUCUCAGCCGGACAUGGCUAUCAUGGCGGUGAACACGUUCGUGAAGGACUGUGAGGACUCGAAUCCCUUGAUACGGGCGCUGGCCGUGCGCACCAUGGGCUGCAUCCGGGUGGACAAGAUCACCGAGUACCUGUGCGAGCCGCUUCGCAAGUGUUUGAAGGACGAGGACCCGUACGUGCGUAAGACGGCCGCCGUGUGCGUGGCUAAGCUGUACGACAUUUCGGCCACGAUGGUGGAGGACCAGGGUUUUCUGGACCAGCUGAAGGACUUGCUGUCCGACUCGAAUCCCAUGGUAGUGGCUAACGCGGUUGCCGCGCUCAGCGAGAUCAACGAGGCCAGCCAAUCCGGGCAGCCGCUGGUGGAGAUGAACUCGGUGACCAUCAACAAGCUGCUGACGGCACUCAACGAGUGCACUGAGUGGGGUCAGGUCUUCAUUCUUGACUCGCUAGCCAACUACAGCCCCAAGGACGAGCGCGAGGCUCAGUCUAUCUGCGAGCGAAUCACUCCGCGUCUGGCCCAUGCCAACGCCGCCGUCGUACUCAGCGCCGUCAAGGUCCUGAUGAAGCUGCUCGAGAUGCUCUCCAGUGACAGCGACUUCUGCGCCACACUCACCAAGAAGCUGGCGCCGCCAUUGGUCACGCUGCUCUCCUCAGAGCCGGAGGUGCAGUACGUGGCGCUGCGCAACAUCAAUCUGAUCGUCCAGAAGCGGCCAGACAUCCUUAAGCACGAAAUGAAGGUGUUCUUCGUCAAGUACAACGACCCCAUUUACGUGAAGCUGGAGAAGCUCGACAUCAUGAUUCGCCUGGCCAACCAGAGCAACAUUGCCCAGGUACUCAGCGAACUUAAAGAAUAUGCCACCGAGGUGGACGUGGACUUUGUGCGCAAGGCAGUGCGCGCCAUCGGGCGAUGUGCAAUCAAGGUGGAGCCUUCGGCGGAGCGCUGCGUCUCCACGCUGCUGGAUCUUAUCCAGACGAAGGUCAACUACGUGGUGCAAGAGGCAAUCGUGGUCAUCAAGGACAUCUUCCGCAAGUACCCUAACAAGUACGAGAGCAUUAUUAGCACGCUGUGCGAGAACCUGGACACCUUGGACGAACCGGAGGCACGCGCAUCGAUGGUUUGGAUAAUUGGCGAGUACGCGGAGCGCAUUGACAACGCCGACGAGCUGCUUGACAGCUUCCUCGAGGGUUUUCAGGAUGAAAAUGCACAGGUGCAGCUACAGCUGCUCACGGCCGUGGUUAAGUUGUUCCUCAAGCGCCCCUCAGACACCCAGGAGCUGGUACAGCACGUACUCUCACUGGCCACCCAGGAUUCGGACAACCCCGAUCUGCGUGACCGUGGCUUCAUCUACUGGCGUCUGCUGUCCACGGACCCGGCAGCCGCCAAGGAGGUGGUGCUGGCCGACAAGCCGCUCAUCUCGGAAGAAACAGACCUUCUGGAGCCGACACUGCUGGACGAGCUCAUCUGUCAUAUCAGCUCGCUGGCUAGUGUGUAUCACAAGCCUCCGACCGCGUUCGUAGAGGGUCGCGGGGCCGGAGUGCGCAAGUCGCUGCCCAAUCGCGCCGCCGGAUCCGGAGCUGGUGCCGAACAGCCAGAGAGCGGAGCCGGUUCAGAGGCUAUGGUCAUCCCGAACCAGGAAUCUCUUAUCGGCGAUCUGCUUUCCAUGGAUAUCAACGCACCCGCCAUGCCCUCCGCUCCAGCGGCAACCAGCAACGUGGACCUACUGGGCGGCGGUCUAGACAUUCUGCUGGGUGGUCCACCUGCAGAGGCUGCUCCCGGCGGUGCCACCAGUCUGCUGGGCGACAUUUUCGGUCUGGGCGGCGCUUCGCUCUCGGUGGGCGUGCAAAUCCCUAAGGUCACAUGGCUGCCGGCGGAGAAGGGCAAGGGCCUAGAGAUACAGGGUACGUUCUCACGCCGCAACGGAGAGGUAUUCAUGGACAUGACGUUGACUAACAAAGCCAUGCAACCGAUGACCAACUUCGCCAUCCAACUAAACAAGAACAGCUUCGGUCUGGUGCCCGCGUCGCCCAUGCAGGCUGCUCCUCUCCCACCCAACCAGUCCAUCGAGGUGAGCAUGGCGUUGGGCACCAAUGGACCCAUCCAGCGCAUGGAGCCCCUCAACAACUUGCAGGUGGCUGUGAAGAACAACAUAGACAUCUUCUACUUCGCCUGCCUGGUGCACGGCAACGUGCUGUUUGCCGAAGACGGACAGCUGGACAAGCGCGUCUUCCUCAACACCUGGAAGGAGAUCCCCGCCGCCAACGAACUGCAGUACAGCCUAAGCGGCGUCAUUGGCACCACCGACGGAAUCGCCUCCAAGAUGACCACCAACAACAUCUUCACCAUCGCUAAGCGCAACGUCGAGGGCCAGGACAUGCUCUACCAAUCACUCAAGUUGACCAACAGCAUUUGGGUGCUCCUGGAGCUGAAGCUGCAGCCGGGCAACCCAGACGCCACACUCAGCCUCAAAUCGCGCUCCGUAGAGGUGGCCAACAUUAUCUUUGCCGCCUACGAGGCCAUCAUCCGCUCCCCAUAAGCAUCCCACGGAAGACGUCGGAUGGUGGACGAGGAGCACAAAGCAAUCGGAGCGAUCAAUUUAUGAGGGAAUCCACAAGAUGUUCUCAGCAGGUGUUGAAGAUUAGCUCAACAAUAAAUUGUAAUUUACGUAUUAUUACUAUAUUGUGUAUUGGCGGCUUCGCCACAUACAUACAUUAUUUAUGCAUAUGCACACAUAUAAACCAAUCAAGUUUGUCGAGAGAACUGUUAAUUGUUAAUCGGAGAUGCAUGUCCUCAAUGUGUUGUAACGUAUGACGGUAGCGAAAACUGCGACAAAGCAUUCCAAAACUCUGUAACCCCAAAUACAUGCACGACAUCUAUGUAUAUGUACGUGUCCUAGUAAAAUGUAUGACAUAACACAUUAAA